AUGUCCAUUGUUGCAGAAGCACCUGGCUACCUGCAAGUCUUUUCUGAUAGUUCUGUAAAAAGGUUUGCCUCAGAAACAGUCUCCGACUCAGCGGAAUCGUAUUCCAAUGGAUUCAAGUUCAAGGAUGUGAUCAUUGACUCAUCGAAGCCGGUAACCGCAAGGUUGUUCGUUCCUGAUACUGAAGGGUCUGCGAGUAGGCUUCCGGUUGUGAUUUAUUUUCAUGGUGGUGGCUUUUGCAUUAGCUCAACCACGUGGCUUGGGUUCCAUCACUUUCUUGGAGACUUCUCUGUUGCAUCCCAGUCCAUUGUCCUUUCUGUUGACUAUCGUUUGGCACCGGAGAACCGCCUUCCCAUUGCUUACGAUGAUUGUUUCAGCUCACUUGAAUGGCUAACUAACAAUGUGAGUUCUGAGCCUUGUCUUAAGCAAGCCGAUCUUUCUCGAGUGUUUCUCUCCGGAGACAGUGCCGGAGGAAAUAUAACUCACCAGGUUGCUAUCAAAGCAUUGAGGAGUGAAACUUGUCAGGUUGAAAUCAAAGGACUGAUGCUGAUACAUCCUUAUUUUGGGAGUGAGAGAAGGACUGAGAAGGAGAUGGCUGAAGGGGCAGCAGGAGAUGUGGCUAUGAAUGACAUGUUUUGGGGUCUAAGUAUACCAGAAGGAUCAAACCGAGAUUACUUUGGAUGUAAUUUCGAGAUGCAAGAUGUGUCUGCAGCUGAAUGGAGUGCUUUUCCGGCAGUGACGGUUUAUGUGGCUGGCUUGGAUUUCUUGAAUGAAAGGGGAGUAAUGUAUGCAAAGUUUUUAGCGAAGAAAGGCGUUAAAGAAGUGGCAUUGGUUGAAACAGAGGGGCAACAACAUAUCUUUCAUGUCUUCUAUCCCAAAUCUGAAGCAACUCUCGUCCUUCAACAGCAGAUGAGUGAGUUCAUGAAGAGCCAUUAG